AUGGAGCACAACAACAAGAACAAGAACUAUAACUACAAAGGAACAAACAAAGCACAGGUAACGAGAACGGACACACAGGAAACAACAAAACACAGGGAACGAGAACGGACACACAGGGAACAAGAAAACACAGGGAACGAGACGGACACAAAGGGAACAACAAAAACAACAGGUGAACGAGAAGGACACACAGGGAACAACAAAGCACAGGGAACGAGAACGGACACACAGGGAACAAAAACACAGGGAACGAGACGGACACACAGGGAACAAGAAACACAGGAACGAGAACGGACACACAGGGAACAAGAAAACAGGGAACGAGAAGGACACACAGGGAACAAGAACAACAGGGAAACGAGACGAAACAAGGGAACGAAACGGACACACAGGGAACAACGAAAACAGGGAACGAGACGGACACACAGGGAACAAGAAACACAAGGGAACGAGAACGGACACACAGGGAAAAGAGAAACACAGGAACGAGAACGGACACACAUGGAACAAGAAACACAAGGAACGAGAACGGACACACAGGGAACAAGAAACACAGGAACGAGACCGGACACACAGGGAACAAGAAACACAGGGGGAAACGAGAACGGACACACAGGGAACAAGAAACACAGGAACGAGACCGGACACACAGGGAACAAGAACACAGGGAACGGGAACGGACACACAGGGAACAAGAAACAAGGGAACGAGACCGACACCAGGAACAAGAAACACAUGGAACGAGAACGGACACACAGGGAACAACAAACACAGGGAACGAGACCGGACACACAGGGAACAACAAACACAGGGAACGAGAACCGACACAUGAGGGAACAAGAAACACAGGGAACGAGACCGGACACACAGGGAACAAGAAACACCAGGGAACGAGAACGGACACACAGGGAACAACAAACACAGGGAACGAGAACCGACACACAUGGAACAAACAAACACAGGGAACGAGAACGGACACACAGGACCAGAAAACACAUGAACAGAACGGACACAAUGGAACAAGAAACACAGGGAACGUGUACCGGACACACAGGGAACAAGAAAACACAGGAACGAGACCGACACACAUUGAACAAUAAACACAUGGGAACUAACGUACACACAGUGAACAACAAACACAGGUAA